AAGCUCCGCUAUCUUUAGACCCGCCACGGAUUACAGUGCGCAGUGUGUCACAGACUGCGUCCCGGUUACACCUGCUCGGUACAUCUCUGUGAGUCCUUCACGCUGAAAAACAUACACACGUAAAACAGGAGUGAUGGAGGAAUGACAACGAACUGCGUCUCCGUCUACGGCUCUCCGUCCCCGAGAAGACCCCCAAGAUGCUGCUGCUCUCCAGCCCGAGGAACGGACGCCUGCGCCAGGCCUCGCUGCUGCUGCUCGCCGCGGUGCUCCUCUGUGUAGCCCCCGUCAGUGCUAGCCCGCCAGUUAGCAGUAAAUGCCCUCGCCAUUUAGACUGUGCCAAAGACGGACGCCAUUUCUGCAGGCCGGGCUCCUCCCGAUGUGGCCCCUGCCUCGCUCCAUUGGAGGAGAACGAGGAGGGAAGCUGCGAGGUGAAGAAGAGGCACCAUAAGCAGGUAGGUAAAGUGGCAUUCUACCCCGACCUCGAUGAAGAGAUCGAUUUCCUUCACUCAGUCAUCGAAAAACAGGAAGUGACUGAGAUCAAGACAGAAAGACACCACACAAGCAAACAUCCUGCUGCCGUCACCUCCCAGAAAGAUGAUAAAAUAACCAAACCAGGUGUCACCAAACCCAAACUGAAAAGCCAGAAUGACAACAGUACAGACCCCCGCCCCACAGUUUCUGCUCUCCCUGAACCCCCGACCCACCAGCCUCGUGUUUCCGGAGAACCGGGUCGAGCUGGUCCUAUCGCUGUGCCAGCAUCCAAACAUGACAAGUUUAUAGUCAUCAUGAUUUCGCUGUGUGUGGCGGUGGGCUCUGUGGCAGUGGUCCUGGCAACCGUCUGUUACGUCAAGUUGCAGAAAGAAUCGCACCUGGCUCAGAAGGUCGACUACCCGGCUUUCAGAGGAGGGACGAGCUUGCCUGCCCCCCCAGCCAACGGCUCCUCGAUGGGAGAUAAGAAUCUGGCCCAAAAUGCUCAGAUGUAUCACUACCAACAUCAAAAACAGCAGAUGCUCUCAAUGGGAAAUAACAAACCUGAACAGAAAACCGUUGACACCGAGGUCACAUCAGAUGAGGAAGAAGUGGGAGGAGACUUCACAGUAUACGAGUGCCCUGGACUUGCACCGACUGGAGAAAUGGAAGUGAAGAACCCUCUGUUUGAUGACUCGAAUUUACAUUUCCCGGAAAAUCACAAGUGAAUGCUGAACCCUUUACGCACACACAUAGAUAAAUAUACACACAGGCACACACCAGUUCUGGGGAAGAAACCACUUGAUCUCACACUGCAUGCAUAGAUUUGAAGGUUUCCUGUCAGAGGAGGUGAUAAAAAGGAUUGUUUUCUUGUUGGCCCUUUACUAUAUCAUGUUAUAAUAUUACAAAUAUAUGUUGGGUUCCUUGUUAAUUUAUUUCUUUCCCUGAUUUGGAGCUUUCCUUUCUUUUAACAUAAGGUUUUCAGAGUCCGUAUUAAAUUGUUUAAAUGUUAAUCUCUUAAGUUAAGAUUUUCCCUUUCAUUUUGGUUACUUUCCUUCAUUUCUGCAGCUAUUUCCAAAGAAUGUCUUACAACAGCAGACAUGUGUAUAACACACUGAUACACAUGCAUACGCCGGGAAACAGGUGCCCUCCCUUUGUUUUGUCAUGCAUAGCUAGUGGCUAAACCACAUUCCCAACAGAUACAAAGUUUCAAAUCAGAUCUGUGUGAUACCUCCUGUAAAAACUCCCAAAUGCAACACAAGGUUGAGCAUUAAAAAUGUUAACGUUGGUGUUGCUCAUUUUAUUCCUUGUCUUAUAAGCUACGCAUAAAUAUUUUAAGAUUAUAGAAAAAUAUAUAUAUAUGAAAAUGAAGUACUUGAUGAUGUCUGUCGCAUGGUUUGACUGUACCGUGUUUGAAUCAUGGCAAUGCUUUGAAAAGUUAUUGGGCCCUCCCGUAUGUAUGCAUCCUGUAGCUGGAGGAGGAAUGUACACUAAAAGUGAUUUAUGAGCACUUGAAUGAAAUGUUGGUGACGGACUAUACUGAUGGAUGUGUAGGUGGUAAAUAUCACUAUCUUGUAUCGUCCCUCUUUCCUCUCUGUCCUCUUGUCGGUCCCAAGUUUACUCUGUGCUGCAAAAUAUACAAAAACGAGUGAAUGUGUUCACUUUUUAUAGAUAUUUGUACAUGCAGACAAAGGAUUGGAAUUAAAAGUUUUUACCACAUGUGAAAAUAA